AUGCCUCCUCGUAGAUCAGCACGCAGAAACUCAUCUCCAACACCACCUCCACCACCUCCUCCAAUUAUGGAUGCUGCUAUGUUCCAAACUGCUGUAACCGCCGCUGUAACGGAAACGAUGGCUCAAAUGAACAACAACGGGUCAGGAGGAGGAACAAACAGCUGUACAAAUGGCCAAAGCCAAGGCUGUUCCAGAGUCGGUGAUGGAAAUGAGGAAACAGUGGACGAGAGCUUUAUUCGCAUACCUGAUGACAUGGAUAUUAAAUACACUAAUAAAGCUAACUCAGUGGAUGCUCUUAUUGAUGCAAUCAUUCCUUCUUUGCAAUUCAAUGAAGAUGAUUCAAAAUUUAUCAUUUCUAGGGUAAUAUUGACAACUAAAAAUGAAAGUGUUGAUGAGAUAAAUGACCAAAUGAUCGAGCGGUUUUCAGGAGAGAAAAAAGUUUGCUACAGUUAUGAUGAAGCGGAAGACUAUAGUAAUAACUUAUAUCUGACGAAGUUCUUGAACUCGCUGAAUGUUAGUGGUCUUCCCCCUCAUUAUCUUUGGUUAAAAAUUGGUUGUCCAAUGAUACUAUUACGAAAUAUCGAUCCUUCGAAUGGAUUACAAAUAGUUGUUGGUCAGCAUGCUGGAAAAAAUGUGUUUUGGCCAAGAAUUCCUCUAUGUCUGUCUAAUGAUGACAUGCUCCCAUUCAAAUUGAAGAGAAAGAAAUUUCCACUUCGCCUCAUUUUCUCGAUGACGAUCAAUAAAUCUCAAGGACAAACAAUUCCAAACAUGGGAGUUUAUCUACCAGAAUCGGUAUUCUCACAUGACCAACUUUAUGUGGCCUUAUCUAGAGGAAUAUCGCGUGUUGAUACAAAGGUAUUAGUAAAGCCAGAAAAAAGGUUCGAUCAUGAUGCAAUCUACACAUCAAAUGUAGUGUACAAAGAAGUCUUAUAUGAUUAA